AUGGCAGAUUCACCAAAAGCCGGCAUCCCAGUCCGGGCUGAGCUCGACUCAGGUCAGAAGCGAAACCGACCAGAGCGUUCCAACGCGACAGUCCGGGCUUCUAUUGCUUGCGUCCCCUGCCGCACCAGGCACACUAAGUGUGAUGGGUUCAUGCCCCAUUGUACACGCUGCAAAGAGGAAGGGCAAAAGUGUCACUACGUCAGUUCACGGCGAGGAAUCCGCGAUGCAAAGAAACGCAACAUGAUGAGAGAUGAGGUCCAGAUGGCCGAUCAAGACGACACAACAGAAAGCACACCUUCGCCCAAUCUUUCGGACUUCCACAAUCCCCUUCACAAUCAAAACCGACUACUCGAUUUGUAUUAUGCCAACUUUCACGUUGCUCACUCCUGGGCCCCGCCGAAGCCUAUCUUGGAAUUAUUUCUUAAAGAAAAACCCAACGACGUGCGAUUUCUUGAGGCCACCAUUAUGUAUAUUGCAUCUCAGUAUUCCAUGGUAGACAGCAGUUCGCUCCGGGAGCGAGCUUUCGAGAUGUCGCAUGAACGACUUCCUCCAACGCUCUGGAAUGUUCAAGCACUCCUGUCCCUAUCCAUUGCUUCAUUUGGUGAGCAGGACAGCCUCUAUCGCUGUCUGUUCAUACAGGCCCGCGAACUUGCACAACUUGGUGGUCUUCAACCCAAGGCAUAUGUCGAUCAGCAAGAGGGACUUGUCCUGGCUGAGUCAUGCCGUCGUACGUAUUGGGGAUUAUACGUCCACGGGAUGUUGCUGGGCAUGAGGGAUCCCUUGGUACAUCCAUCCCUCUACUCGGUAAAGUUGAACGACGACACAGAACUUCCCUGCGAGGAAUGGAACUACAAGGCGGGCACCAUCCCUAUUCCAGUGACUCUGGCAGAGCACGACCGCUUGGGCGCAUCAUAUGACCCCUCUUCCUGGGCCUGUCUUGUUGAUCUGGUACGCAUUCACGACUGCUGUGUGGCUCAAUUUCUCGGCGGAUGCAGGUGGGAAACAAGCCCCGAUGCAUUAGAAGAUGCAAACCAAAAUAUCGUUUCGUGGCGGAACAAGCUCAAGGCUUCAAAAAUGGAGUACGUGGAUGAGGACGGGACGGUGGACAUGAUACUCUAUUCUGCUUUGGUAAUCUCUUAUGGCCUUCAGAUUCGAAUGCAUCUUCACUUUGAAAACGUUCGACGGGCCGCCGACACCGAGCAUUUGAAUCCUUAUAUACCUCGCCUGCACGACAGUGUUGCUGAGAAACUUGAUCACUCGUUGCCGCCUCUUCUUCAUGCACCGCUGCGCCUAGUAUCAGUCUUGAAUCACUUCAUGGCAGAGAAAAUAUCUCCUUCAUGCAUACCACAGCUAGAUCAGGCUGCCAUGCUUCUUAACGCAAAAUCUUGUCACAAAUCCAAGGUUGACUUCUUCUCAAGUGUCCUUGGGAAAUCUAGCGAGUAUUGGUCCAGGUCGAAGAUAACCUUGGACUAUCUAGAACAUACACCAAUGGGUGCUGAGAAUGUCACAAACACUGUACUGCAGGCAGACAGUCCCCAUUGGAUUAUGCCAUCCGUGUUUGGAUACUGUCCAGAGCUGACUGCGCAGUCGGCCAUGCAUUGGCCAGAGCAAAGUUUCAGCGGCAGUCCAAUGUCAUAUGCUAUGUCCGUUACCACAGCAGAGUCUUUUCAGAGUCUCACUGCCGAAGCAGGCAGCCCAGAGGAACAAUCUCCGCGUGUGAAGGCCGAGACACAAUGGAUGGCAGAAUGA